AUGGAGGCCUCUCUGCGAAGCUGCACGCAAUGUAUUCCCACAGAAACUUGUGAAGUGGGAUUAAAUGGUCAUGUGCCUCCCCAUUUGCAGUGCAGACUGGUUACAGAAACUGUCAAGUUUUUAAUGUACCAAAGGGAACAGAUUCCAAUGCCAUAUGAACAUUUAAAACAGCAGAUCGCUUUACAGGAACAAAAAGAAAGGAAGAGACUUUCACUGGAGACCAAGAAAUGUUUACAAACAUUGUCAAAUAUUGAUGAACUUUUUAAAAAUCUUGAGAGAGUCUUUGAGAUUGCUCAAGUUACGAGAAUUCUGAUUCUAUUUGGAUCGACUGCUGUGAGUCCCAAAGAAAUCUAUAUACUCAACUUGAAUAGAUUACAUCACCAUGAUGCUGUUAGUCGCGUUAACACAAAGGCAGGUGUACAAAGUCUCAUGAGAACCCUGAUUACCAAUGGACCUCUGUCGGAAGUAGACACCCUUGUACCAACCAGUACUAUUGUUCUACUGGAAGCUCACCGUGAUAGCGCCUUGUCAUGGUUUCGACCCAAAGUAACAUAUAAAUUACCAAUUCGAGGAAAACGUUUUGAAAUACACUUCUCAACAUGCUCAGAAUUCAAUUCUAAAGAAGGUGGCCAUAAUGAAGACAGUAACUUGAUAUGGUAUCAGUCGCCAUGUUCUAUCAAGGGAUUACAGAUGAAAACAAAACCAGUUGCUUCAACAAGUUGUUUUUGAAAAUACAUAGUGGCCUGUCUAUGUUUUUAUUAAUCAAGAAUGCUACUUUUGCUGGACUUAGUACUCGUUUUAACCGAAUGGAAUACUUUUUAACUAGAUUUUAAUACACCGGUAGAGAAGUUAGUAAAUAGGGAAUAUACUCUGUAUCAGAGAAGUCAUUUUUUGAAACUCUGUAACACUAGAUAGUUCUACAGCAUUUGAGUUUAAGCUACAGUACCC